ACCAGACAGGCGAGCUGGGAUGAGGGAGCCUAUGCUGUACUCGUACUCGUACACUUGUGAUAUGAUACUGUACUGAUUGAUUCCUGCCUGAUGCCACAGAUUUCUUGGGGAUCUCUGCUCGUUUGUACCAUGAACCCAGUGCAUUGUACCAGUACACAGAUCGUAUGCAAGGAUAGCGUGCGAUAUCGUACAAGACUCUAUCAAGAUUGUUGUACCGGUGCAGACUUUGAUUUGUACGAAGACAUGCAGUGCACUUCCUGUACCGGCAUCAUUGCCAUCGUACCCAUAUCUCGCCAACUCGGGCUGUGUAGGGGAUGACAAUUGGGCCUUCCCCCGCCGUGCCGGGGUUGUACGGAUUUUAGGUGCGUUCCGUUCCUGCCCAGUUCUCCCAUCGCCUGUCAUGAUGAUGACUUCAUCGUUCCUCGAGACCCUCCCCCCCCGUCCCCUGCACCACAAAUAAAGCCCAUCUCCCUUCCAUCGAUGAUGGUUAGGAACAGGCCGGGAACAUCUCAUAUCGAUAAAACUAUUAUUUCCCAAUCAAUCCCCCCGGGAAAGCAAUCAUGGUAUACUCUACAUGCACGGAUUGAACAGAGUGGUUAUAGCUGAUAUCCAUAUCUCAAAUGUCCACAGCCAACCUCAAUGGAGGAAGCUCUAAAGACGGACCCACCGUGUCAUCCCCGCGCCGUGAGUCACGCCCUCCCGUCCCACGCCCCACUGUGUCAGGGCUCUUACUCAUGGAGGGGGGGGAACAGUGCGCUAUUCAGGAUUGCCUGCAGAGGAAUAAUUAUAACGAAUCCCGCUGCACAGACCUAAUCGACGCCUUGUAUGACUGCUGCUCCGAACUCUAUAAACGAGACGGCCCCGGGGCGAAUAGUACGUGUUGUCCGAAGGAGAGCCUGUUGAAGCUCAAGAUCAAGCAGAGGGCGGAUGAGAAGGGAUCUCGGGGGGCGGAGGUUCACCAGACAAGAAGACGUUAAUGCGGGAGAUUUUGACAUCACAAACGUGGAGACUUGCUAUAUGGCAGAUACCAUCUAGAUUUGCAACAUGAUUGAAUCCAGACAACCUUAUUCAUCGAUGAGAGCCAUCUAUGUUUCAUCUGGGACGAGGCUCUGAAAUUUACCGGAACCUCGCGCCACAACCACGUAGUUCGAAUGAAGCAAGGUGGAAUAGAUCUCACAUGUAGCAGUUCUCUACUUAUGAUAACGGAACCAGCGGGUCCAACCAAGGGGAAUAUGCCGCCAUGAUAUGACGCACAUUCACCUUGAGGGGGGGGCAGGACUGAGCGAAAAAUAUCACUCCAUGAUACCGGUGGGCAUGGGAAGACGGCCGGCGGGUUGACGAGAUAUUGCACGGUGAGGAACCUCUUGAACCAGGGCACCGCAUGAUAAUAAUCUACCGAAUCUUGC